CGGAGGAGCAGCAUCGCUGAGUUUGCUCCUCUGAGCUUUAAAUAUUAAUAUAAUUACAAAACUGCCGAAUAGUAAAUUACUCUCAUCGGUCUCCUAACCAGAGACGAUGGGGAACGAAGGGAGCAUCGAGGGAGUCGGUCAACCCGGAGAACCGGGCUCCAUCUCCAUGGCGGGAGCUCCUGGUUCCAUUUCAGCACCACUGGGCUCUGGACAGCACAUCAAGCCAGUCAAUGGAGCUGCUGCCGGGGGAGGAAUGGGUGGCGGACAGGGAAUUAAUAGGGUUCCUAUGGGGAGUCCUAAACCGGCGACACAGACUGGAUACAGAGGCGGAGGAAUGGGUGAAGGAGGAGGUCAGAGGCUGGCCAACCAGGAGAGCCAUAGGCCGAUGCAACAGUUCGGCGCAGGUCUGGGUCAGGGUCAGGGGAUAGGUGGUGAUCCCAGUCAGCUCGGUGAGCACGCCUCCAGGCGGAACCUUCAGGUGGACUUCAGUGGCUCUGGGAGGCGGACGGGUCGCUCUUCCUCGGUGUCUCCAGACCGGGGGAUCACCCCCACCUCGCCCUACUCUGUGCCCCAGAUCGCCCCCAUGCCAGUCAGCAAGCUGUGCCCCCUCUGCUCCACCACGGAGCUGACCAAUCCCCCGGCCAUGCCGAACUACAACACCUGCACUCAGUGCCGCUCCACUGUCUGCAACCAGUGUGGCUUCAACCCCAACCCCCACCUCACUGAGGUCCAGGAGUGGCUCUGUCUCAACUGUCAGAUGCAGAGGGCCCUUGGCAUUGACAUGACCACACCACGCUCCAAGAGCCAGCAGCAGAUCCACUCUCCAUCCCACCAAGCGAAACCCAUAGUCCAGCAACAACUGGUUCAGCCAGCAGCCCAGCCAAAACCCCAGGCUCCACCUCAGUCUUUGACACAUUCUCAGUCCCAGCCCCACCCCUAUGGCCAGUCUCAACCCCAACAACAGACAUAUGGUGAGUCCCAGCCUCAACAACAGACAUACGGUCAGUCCCAGCCCCAACAACAGACAUAUGGUCAGUCCCAGCCACAACAACAGACAUAUGGUCAGUCCCAGCCACAACAACAGACAUAUGGUCAGUCCCAACUACAAACAUAUGGUCAGUCCCAGCCCCAGCAACAAACAUAUGGUCAGUCCCAGCCACAACAACAGACAUAUGUUCAGUCCCAGCCACAACAACAGACAUAUGGUCAGUCCCAGCCCCAACAACAGCUCCAUGGCCGAAGCCAGCCUCAGGUCAACAUUCAGAAUCAGCCUCAGCCAUCCCUUGAACUCCAAAGAAACCCUAUAGCCGGCUCUGCAUCCCUGCCCGGGUCUUCAACAAGCUCUCCACAGCACAUCCCGUACGGCCAGAGAGGGCCUGGUGGUCCGGGCCAGCCUAGGAUCCCCCAUCCUGGAGCGGUCCCUCUGGUGGGCAUGGCCAAGGCUCCCUCUCAGCCAGACCUGGGCCGAGGCUCCCCAAUGCACCAGAGUAGUCGCCAAGCUGCUAGUGCCGGCUCCUCCCCUGCACAUCGGCCUGCUGCCCCCCAAGGGCAACCCCCUCAGGAUGGCUUGACAAAACUAUUUGGCUUUGGAGCUUCACUUCUCAAUCAAGCGGCUAGCACUCUGGCCUCGGUGGACCCCCUCUCUGGGCCAACAUCCACACAGCCCUCCUCUGCCAGGGUUGGGCCUGCCAGUAAACAACAAGGACCACCUGGUCCCAAACCUUUCCAGAUGGGUGGACCCAAUGCCACUCAAAUGGGUGGACAUCAUGCACCCCAAACAGAAGGACCCCAUGCACCCCAAACGGGAGGCCCCAAUGCACCCCAAACGGGUGGAGCCCAUGCACCCCAAACGGGUGGACCCCAUGCACCCCAAAUGGGUGGACCCCAUGCACUCCAAACAGGUGGACCUCAUGUAGCCCAAACUGGAGGACCCCAUGCACCCCAAAUGGGUGGACCCCAUGCACCCCAAACGGGUGGACCCCAUGCACCCCAAACGGGUGGACCUCAUGCAGCCCAAACUGGAGGACCCCAUGCACCCCAAAUGGGUGGACCCCAUGCACCCCAAAUGGGUGGACCCCAUGCACCCCAAACUGGAGGACCCCAUGCACCCCAAACAGGAGGACCCCAUGCACCAACUCAGAAAGGUCCCCAACAGCAGCAGUCACCUGCACAUCAUCAGAAAGGGCCACAGAAACAGCAGCAGCCUGCCAGACAGGAUCCUGCUCCCAAGCCAGUGGAACCAGAAAAACCCAAAGUCACCUGCCCCCUGUGUAAGACUGACCUCAACAUUGGCAGCACAGAUGACCCACCGAACUACAACUCCUGCACCCAGUGCCACACCCAAGUCUGCACUCUAUGUGGAUUCAAUCCUGCGCCCCACCUUGAGAAGAAGGAAUGGCUCUGUCUGAACUGCCAGACCCUGCGUCUGAUGUCAGGAGGACUUGGAGACCCAACUCCUGUUCCUCAUCCAUCUCCAAAACACCAACCAAUGGGAUCUCCACGCCACCAGGCACCGGCCAGUCAGCAGCCAACUCAGCAGCCAUCCUUCCAGAAAUCAACCAAUCAGCAGCAGCAAGGGCCAAGACAGAUGCAGCCGCAGCAGCAGAAGCAUCAGACAGGUCAAGGAAAUGGACCUUUCAACCCGACUGCAGCAAAGCAACCUGGGGAAACAAAGGCCCCUAUACAGCCUACACCUACACCAGCCAACGAGCCUCCGAAACCACUCAAGGCCAUAGAAGACACUUCGCCAAAACCAGAGGAGGUGGUGGAAACUGCCAUAGACACAAAGACAACUCAGAAGAAGGGAGAGUCAAUCACACCGAUAAAAGACCUAAAGAAGUCAAGACAUUAUGAUGAGACCAAGAACAGCCCUCAGGACCUGUCACGGAGCCCACAGAGCCUGAGCGAUACAGGCUACUCCUCAGACGGCAUCUCCAGCUCCCAUAGUGAGAUUACUGGGCUCAUCCAUGAGGAGGAAAUGAAAUUGAGCGAGAGGGGCAUUAGUGGACAUGGUAGCCCCCCCAGUCCCUCUGAGAUCACCAAGCUGGAGAGCUCCAUGAGGACCCUGCUGGAGUCCAAGACCCUGCCAGCAGAGGAAAGAGAACGUGACAGAGGCCGGGGCAGACAUCACCGAGAGCCGAGGCCCCGGUCGCUGUCCAUCACCCCCGAGGCAUAUGACUCUGACGAGGAGCUAGAAGACAUUGUGGAAGAGGAGGAGGACAUGGGGGACUGGGAGUCCAAACGGGAGCACAAGAUCAGCGCCGCUCCCAAGGAGGAGAAGAAAGUGUCAGAGCCGGAGCCAAUGACCGAUGAGGAAUUCAUGAGGAGGCAGAUCAUGGAAAUGAGUGCUGAAGAGGACAACGAAGAUGAGGAGGAAAUGGAGGAGGACGAUGAGGAGGACGAAGGCUAUGGCUACCAAAAACCGAAAAAGGCACACAAGCACAUCUCAGAGAAACGGCGCCUCUCUCACCAGUCCAGCAGCUUUGAGGAGGAGACCAAAAGUUCUAGCGACAUCUACAAAGGUUCUGCGGAGGAAGGUGAGGAGGGUGGCCUAGGGGGCCUACGUCGUUUCAAAACGAUUGAGCUCAACAACACAAACAGCUACAGCCGCGACAUGGAGCUCAACAAUGAAAAUGACCUCAGUCUGGACAGAGAGCCAGAACUGGAGAUGGAGAGCCUGACAGGAUCUCCUGAGGAGCGUUCCAGGGGUGAGUACUCUUCCCCCUUGCCAGCCACCACCUCCAGCUACAACUCUGGCACGUCCCCAACAUCCAUCUCCUCUAUGGAGGACGACAGUGACAGCAGCCCCAGCCGCAGACAAAGAUUGGAAGAUGCCAAGCAGCAGAGGAAAGCCCGCCACCGCUCCCACGGACCCCUGCUUCCGACCAUCGAAGACUCCUCAGAGGAGGACGAGCUGAGGGAAGAGGAGGAGCUGCUGCGGGAGCAAGAGAAGAUGAGAGACCUGGAGCAACAGAGGAUACGCAGCACAGCUAGGAAGACUAAAAGAGAUAAGGAGGAGCUGAGAGCCCAGCGACGAAGGGAGAGGUCCAAGACGCCCCCUAGUAACCUCUCUCCCAUCGAGGACGCCUCCCCUACUGAGGAGCUGCGACAGGCUGCAGAGAUGGAGGAGCUUCACAGAUCCUCUGCCUCAGAAUACUCCCCACAGAGCCUUGAUUCAGAGGCUGAGGGAUACGAGUCCAAACUAUACAAGUCUGGCAGCGAGUAUAACCUGCCCACGUUCAUGUCUCUCUACUCUCCGACUGAGAAGUCGUCAACAACCACAACCUCCACUGCUCCCUCCAGCAGCAAACCCCUGAAGAGUGCAGAAGAGGUAUAUGAGGAAAUGAUGAGGAAAGCAGAGUUGCUUCAGAAACAACAGAAACAGCAACAGCAGCAGCAACAAGGGAGACAUAUUAGCGCAUACAAGGACACAAAUGGCCAACAAUAUGAGGAGGAAUACGAGUACGAGCAGGUUGAGACAAGUUAUGAAAAUGAGGCAGCAGAGACAGGAGACAUCUACGAAGAGAUCCGUCAGACCUCCCAGAACAUCACUAAGAUGCAUCAGUCAUCAGCCCUGGAGUUACAGCAGCAGGCAGAUGAACAGGAGGAAAUAGAUGACAGCACCUUUCCAGAUAAGCAGCUUUUAGAUACUGGGUCAGCCUUCGCUAAGCUGCUUGAGCAGACCAAUGAUCUCUUGACUCCUGGCACCAGCCCCACUCAGCUCUGUGCACCUGUGUCAUUCUCUGAGAGUGGAGGAAGGAUCCCUGAUGUACGGGUGACACAACAUUACUUAAAAGAUGGCCAUAAAGCCGGGAUGAAGAACCAAAAGGGUAGAAAUGGCAUUACUCCAGUGGCGGCUGCCACUACGAUAGCUGCCUACGGGGUUUUUUCCCGGGAUGCAGUGACAAUCUCCCAGACCAGCGUUACUCAAACGAUGACGACCACCCCAUCCACAAUGUAUGGUCGUCAAACUGGAGGUCCCACCACUUCAACAACAACCGUCUCAAAUGUGUGCAGCAAGAUAGCAGAGAUAACACAGGCCUACAGCCAGAGAGAGGUUGUUGCAAGGAGGGUGGGGGAGAACCGAGGGGUCCAAGUCAGAGACAGUGCAACAUCUUCAGAGCAUGUCACUGAGCCCCGCUCCCCAAAGAUGUACUCCCCAAAGAUGUACUACAAGUGCUCCAGCCCAUCUCUUUCCCCCUCCACCUCACCCACUGAGAGCCCAAGUCGAUCCCCUUCCAGGAGGGCAGAGAUCUCCACCCAGACUUUCAGCUCAGGCAUAGGGCCUCCGUCGGUUGGCCCUGGAGCCACCUCCCCAGUGAUGGCCCAGGGGACCCAAACAUCACACAGGGCUGUAUCUCCACGUCUCUUCAGACAGCAGUCCUCCCAAGAUGCCCCCUACAUUGGCACUGAGCCCACAAGCCCAGCCAAACCUAUGACGGUCACCACGGCAACCUCACCUUUAUCCUCACCCACCAGAUUUAGCCGACAAUCGACAUUUGACAGCUACUCUCCACAGGCCAGUCCACCAGACACGCCUCCGUACCAACAAUCUCCACACCACAGCUUCUAUAGGACACUAAAGGUGGAGAAGGUCAAUGUUGGCACCAGCAUGGUCACUACAGCUAGUACUUACAGCCGUGGGUCCAUGUCUAUGGAUAAUAUCUCUCUCUGCAGGAUCUCCACUGUCCCUGGGACCUUGAGAGUGGAGCAGGGCCAGAUGAUUCAUGGUGGGAGCGUGGUGGAUCUAAGAACAUUAGACCUGCGAACAGCUACCAAGCCAGCACCAAUCAUCAUGACUGACCACGGGAUGGAUCUCACAUCUUUGGCCACAGAAACACGCAAAUACACCGGCGGGCCUGAGGGAAGCCAUCCCUCCACCAUCAUCCAGCCACUCAUCAUGAACCUUAACACCCAACAACACCCCCACGUGAUGGUAUCAACAGCAACCACGGUUAGUGUCACAGUGGCCGCUUCCAUGUUCAUAUCACAGCCUCAACAGCCUAUGGUCUAUGGGGACCCUCUGCAAAACAGAAUGGACCUGGGCCAGGGCAUGGGCUCAGCCAUGUGCCUGUCACAGAACAAACCACCGCCCACUGACCCAUCCAUCCCCAAGAUUGACGCUAAACUAGAGGACCUAAGCAUCCAGCAGAAGCAGUUAAUGGAGCAGCAGCAGAAGCUUCAACAGCAGCAGCAGCUCUUGGAGCAGCAGCUGCAGCAACACCAUCAGAUGCAGCAGCAGUCUUCCCAAGCUCGAUACAAUCUGCCAGGUCAGUUGACUCUGCUCAAAAAGGACCUGAUGGUCAGCCAAACCAGCAAUGCCCCAGUCGUGGUCAGUGCUAUAUCACCUGCCGUCGCCCCUGACAUUUAUGGCACUGGAGUUCCUCUGGAGCUGAAGAGCAAACCAACACCAGCAGGUGUAAUGAACCUGGCUGGAGGUGGGCCUCAUGGUAUGAUUGUCCAGAUGGAUGGAGCCCCACAGGGAGGAUCAGUGACCCAGCUUGUGAAGACAGAAGAAGGCCAGGAUGCCAUGGACCUAACAGGGGGUCAGAUCAAAGCUGACAACCAACCAGCCUGCUGUGAUGUAGUUUACCACUUACCAUUCGGAGGGAGUUGUGUUGGUGGUCCGUUCUCAAAGAAGUCAAAUGUUGAUGAGAAAGUGGCCCCUCAAGAGCCAAGACCACCUUCAGCACCACCACUCUCCUACGAGUCGGACCAGGAAGGUCAGUAUCAGGACUUUUCUAUGGAUGGGCGUAAAGCAUACACACUACCAUUCCCUGGGCGGCUACAGCCAUCAAUGUCUGACACAAACCUAGCAGAGGUUGGACUCCAGUCCUACCACUCCAAGAUAGACCAACACAUCCAGGCCUCUGGAGAGCUCGCUGUGGACCUUAGCACCAUGAAACACGCCUACGAGGGAAGCUUCCUGGGACUGGGCAUGCAGUAUGGGUCCUACACUGACCUACGUCAUGGGGGUGACAUCACUGCUACAGCCCUGCCAAUACGCCGAUUCAACUCUCUCUCAAACAUCAGUUCAGACUAUGGCUACUCACCCAGAGACCUUGCUAACUUCCAGGAGUCAAACCUGGCCCAGUACAGUGCCACAACUGCCAGAGAAAUCAGCCGAAUGUGUGCCGCCCUCAACUCAAUGGACCGCUAUGGCAGCAACCCAGAGCUUUUGCAGUACGGUGUUGGAAGAGGAACAGGUCCAGCUGGCAGACUUAACUCUAUGAGACAAAAUAUGCUCUAUGGGCCUGAUGGGAAGCCAAUCUCUCAGACCCAAGCGCUCACCAACAUGAUCAAUGCCAGGCAAGCCAGCCUGAGAGCCAUGUACCCGUCUGCCAUAAGGUCUGCUGAUGGAAUGACCUACUCCACCAUCAACACACCCAUUGCGUCCACCUUGCCAAUCACUACCCAGCCUGCUUCAGUGCUGCGCCCACUACUGAGGGGAGUGUUCAGGUCUUUACCCACCGCCAACAUGACACCUGUGCCUCUGGCAAGUCUCACCAGGAUGCCCUUGAACCCUCGGAUGCCUAUGUCUGGUCAGACCCCAUACCGUUACCCAGCGCCCAACAUUUUGGCAUUCACUACGACACCACCUGCGAGCAUGCCUGCCUCUAUCACCACCACCCAGGAUGCCCCAGUCUAUUUAGGGAAGCCCUCUAUGAAAUCAGGUGCAUCUGAUCCAUCAUCUCAACCUUCCGUUACCCAUACUUCAGCACCUGUCACUUUGCAAACAGAGCCCCAACAGCAGCCCAUGAACCUGACCCAGGCUCACCUUCACACUCAAGGCCCAGGACAACCCCAGGUCCAGCCUCAGAAUCAGCCCCCAGUCCAGCCUCAACACAUGCAACCUCACUCCCACCCUCAGGGCCAUCCUCCACCCCAGAGCCAGCCUUCUUCAGCUCAUAGUUACCCACCAACACAGAGCUAUGCUGGGCCCCAAAUCAACACACAGCCCCCUCCACCUGGCCCACCCUCCAGUGGCCCUAUCAAGCUGGAGAUGGAGACAGAGGAGGAGAGGAUGCAUCGCCAACAGGAGCAGCUGCUGCAAAUGGAGAGGGAGCGCGUGGAGCUGGAAAAGCUGCGUCAGCUGCGUCUUCAGGAGGAGCUUGAAAGGGAACGCAUGGAGCUGCAGCGGCACCGUGAAAAGGAGCAAAUGCUGGUGCACAGGGAGAUCCAGGAGCUGCAGAGCAUCAAGGAGCAGGUCCUACAACAGCAGCAGGCUGAAAGGGAGAAUCAACUAGUGAUGCAGAAAGAGCAGCUGGCCCAGCAGAAAGCCCAGCUUGACCAGAUCCAGUCGUUGCAGCAGCAGCUUCAGCAGCAGCUCGAGGAGCAGAAGAGGCAGAAGACUGCUGCAGCUGCUGCAGCCGCUCAGGUUGACCAGAACGGCCAAACUCUUCUGCCCUAUUCAGACCAAGUGGGCUUUAGGUCCCUACCCAACUCUGCCUCGGACAUGUGUCUAAGAAAAAGUGAAGAGCAGGCAGAAGCUAGGACUAACAUGAGGAGGCAGAACUCCACCUCCAUGCCACGGCUAAGGGAUGGAAUUGAGGGUGAGAGCAUCCAGCUUUAUGGAGCACGGAGGAUUGUGGACAGCUGCGUCCAGACUGACGAAGAGGAUGGAGAAGAGAGGUACAUCAUGUCCCGGCGCAGACGCAACAGGCGCAGUGUAGACUGCAGUGUCCAGACUGACGAUGAUGAGGAAAAAGUUGAGUGGGAGCAACCGGUGAGGCGCAGACGUUCUCGCUUUUCUAAACAUUCAGAUGCCGGGGCUGAAAACAAGGCAGACGCAACCUCCAAGACAUCUUCCUCGACCUGCAUUGCAAUCCAGACCAUCCGAGACUGCUCCUGCCAGACCGAAACAGACCAGCUGGUGAAGGUGUCCCCUGCCAUUCACGUCACCAUGCCAGACCCAAACAAAGUUGAGAUUGUGCACUACAUCUCAGGUCCUGAGAGGACCCAAAAAGGCCAAAGCCUAGCAUGCCAAACAGAAGUUGAAGCCCAGUCUCAAGGCGUGGUUGUGCCACAGCUCAGUGUGCCCACAACUGUCAGCCCCUACUCCACGGGAAUCCAGUUGGUGGGCUCUGCUGACCCUCGUCAGCAGCAGAACAGGAGGAGGCCAGAUCCCCUGGAGAUCAGUUACCAGACACAGCCUAUGAAUCAUCUCCACAAUGAGUCCCUCUCAAGCCUGAUUCGUCAGCCACCUAAGUCCCCCCAGGUUCUCUAUUCCCCAGUUUCCCCCGUCUCUCCUCACCGCCUGCUGGAGACAUCCCUCUCCAGUGGUGGGCUGAAUAAGGCCCACGUCACCCCCCAGCAGAAAGCCUACACAGCAGAGUCGCCCCAGCGCCACCCCAGCAUGCCCCGGCCCAUUAAGAACACACAGAGGUCCAUGUCCGACCCCAAACCCCUAAGCCCCACCACUGACGAACACACCAAGGCCAGGCUAAACCUAUACCAACAGCAAGCUCUUCAUAGCCAGCUUGCUGCCCUGCAACAGAGUGCACUACGGAAGGUGAAGAGGACCCUGCCCAGCCCCCCUCCAGAGGAGAGCCACCAUCCCAUCGUCACCCCGGCCCUCCCCCAGAUGUACAUGCCCUCAGUGCCCUCCCUGAGGGCCGGGACCAGGCCAGGUCUGGCAGCCAAAGCCAGCCUGCUGAAGGACCUCACACACGAGCUGAAGGCCGUAGAGCAGGAGUCCACCAAGCUCCGCAAGCAGCAGCAGGAGCUGGAGGAAGAGGAGAAAGAGAUUGAUGCCAAGCUACGCUACCUAGAACUGGGCAUUCAUCAGCGCAAGGAGACCCUGGUGAAAGAGAGAGAGAGAAGGGAUAUGGCGUACCUGCGCUGUAUGGGCGACCCGCGAGAUUACAUGUCAGAUAGUGAGCUGAAUAACCUGCGUCUGGCGGCUGCUGUAGCGUCCUACGAGAGCAAUGGGGUUCUGACCAGACCCAGCACAGCGCCACUGAGCCAGUUCAGCAGCAGCGACCUAAAUACAGCCGCUCAGUUCCCUCCCACCUCCUCCUUUGUGUCUUACCAGUCCUACCAAUCCCAGAGCCAGCCAGCUCCAGCACCACAGCCCGGCACCCCUUACCAGACAGCCGCCUUCAACCAGCCCCCGUACCCCUCAGUUUCCCAGGCAGCAGCUCUACCCCAGCCUACCCCCCUGCAGACCCAGCAUCCUCCCCCAUCCUACCAGACCCAGGGGUCCUUCACCUCCCAUGCCUUUCCCCAGGGCCAGCCACCCUACCCCACAGACCCGGGGAUGCACCCACUGCCCCAGCACCAGCCAAGCCACCCAGGCUUCCAGUCUGCCCAGCCUGGCCAACCUCCCUACCCCACCCACACUUCUCCAUACCCCAGCCAGGUGUCCUAUCCAGCAGGCCCUGGCCAGGCGCCUCCCUACCAGCCCCAGGCAGACAUCCUCACUGUUCACCAGAGACCAAGACAGACGUCGCUGGCUGACCUGGAGCACAAGAUUCCCACUAACUAUGAGAUCAUAAGCAACCCCACUGUAGUGGUGACCACCACGGCCCAAGACACCAUCUACUCCUCUUCCAGUGGAGCACCCCCAUACGGUCAGUAUACUGGUGGUACCACCAUGGCCAACACCUACGGUCCCUACUCCCCGGCAGUCUCCAAUACAUUUGGCCAGUACACCACGACAGUAGCCAGCACAUAUGGGCAGCAGUACACUUCCACCCCAGCCAGUACGUACGGCCAGUACACCACCACCACUGCCAACACCUACGGCUACACCACCACCACAGCCAGCUCCUACGGCCAGUACACCUCCACGGUGGCCAACAGCUACGGCCACGUUGCCCCAUCCGACCGUCUCCACUCGGUUGACAGCCCCUCUACCUACACCCAGGAUGGACUCUACGGCCCCUCUGGCCUAGAGCAGAAUGUCCCGAGGAACUACGUAACGUGCGACGACAUCAGCGAGUUGACCAAGGAGGGCCUUGGUGGCACGGCGGACAUGCACCGGAGCGACGGCCACGCUGGACGCUACGCGGGGGAGAGCGGCCCGGCGAGAGGAGGGAGCUCCUACGGCAGGCUCGAGGAUGAGAUGACCAGGGAGGAAGACCUGUACGACCAUCACGGCAGGGGUAAGAGCAGCUACCACCCGCGAGGGUCAGACACACAUGGACGAGUAGUGGGCGGCAGCGGCAGAGCUAGUAUGGGUGGGGGAUCCUACUAUUACUGCGAUGACUACACCAGACAAGGCACUCAGCGCGCCGGGGUCCAGAAGCAUGCCUCCAAGAGCUUGGCUCCAGCCGUCAUGUCCUCCAAGCGCAGCAAGCACCGCAAGCAGGGUGUGGAGCAGAAGAUCUCCAAGUUCUCCCCCAUCGAGGAGGCGCGUGACGUGGAGGCUGACCUGGCCUCCUACGCCAUGAGUACGUCGGGUGGCUGCGGCUUGGUAUCACGGGCCAGGAAGCUACAGGACGACAUGAGCUACGGCCUGAGGAAGAGUGCCUACGAGCAGAAGAGAUACUCCUACCCCGAGGAGGACGAGCGCAUGUACUACACAUCAGGGCGGUCGCGCUCUACAGGCUACGGCAUGGAUAAGAUCUCGUCCAGGGACUAUGCCGGCUACCGCAGCCGCUCCUACGAGAGAGAUGGGGACAGGGAGCGCUCAGCCUACAGGGCGGGCUAUAGCCGGGGCAGACCCCCCAUGCGCUCCCAGUAUUCCAUGGAAGAGAGCCCGCUCAGCCCUAUGGGAGUUCACGUGCGCGCUUCCUCUUUGGGCCCAGAGCUGUACGACAGCCGUUGUAGUCAGUAUUAUGGCCAGUAUGGCUCCAGCCACUCCCUGCCUGACGUUCAGGACCACAUGAAAGACUUGCCCCGGACACACGUCUACAAACCAGACGAUUCUUACAUUAUAGACGAUAUGCAUUGUGCUGUUUCGGACAGCGAAGCUUACCAUCUUGGCCAGGAAGAGACGGACUGGUUUGAGAAGCCCAGGGACAUGCGCUCCAGCUCACGCCACUAUGGCAGCAGUGGCCACUCUUCCACUGGCCGCAGCCGCCAUGUUAAGCACACCUACCAUGACUACGACGAACCUCCAGAAGAGGACCUGUGGCCCCAGGACGAGUAUGGCCACACCCGCCAAUCCUCCUCCUCACGAGACCACCGCCACCAUGGUAGCAGUAGCUCCGGAAGACAUUCCUCGUCACGUCACUCAGAGGAGCCCCGCGCCUCCCGCACUUCCAAGGGCCACCCCAAAGACCCGUCUAUUCGCCAUGACUCCCGUCAGAUAUCUUCGUCGGGGAAGAGAGGCGAUUCCCGCUCCCAGAGUGGGUAUCACUCAUCAGACUACUCUAGAGACCCGUCGGGCCACCACCACACCCAGGGCCGCUCCUCCAAGUCCUCAUCCUCUCAUGAUGGGCGGACGUCCUCCAGGAAGCAACAAGACCUCCAGGGUCAAGCACUGUCUUCCAGGGGCCAGGGCAGCUCUAGUCGUGGGCAGGGCUCUGCCAGUGGGCCUUCAGGUUCCAGGGGACAGGGUCUGCAUGGGCUGCAGGCCGGUCAGGAUGGGCUGCAGGCAGGUCAGCGCACCCAGCUGCAACAACAGCCCCAGACCUUAGCAGCACGACAGACAGGCAACACUCCUGCAGGCACCACCCCUGGGGGCCAGCCGCCAGCCCAAGCCCAGCAGGGUCUACAAGCCAAGCCUGGACAGCUUGGUCCUGGUCAGGCCAGUCGCCAGUCUCAGGCAGGCCCACUGGGGCAACUGCCACCAACUGCAGGACCUAACGCAAACAACCCCCCUGUGACUGCCAUAGGGGCUAAAGCUGUCAUAGGAGGGGCAGCCCAAGCUGCAAAAACACCUCAACCUCCACUUACAGGAAUAGGCUCCAAGGCCAUCCCUAGACCCGGUGGUAUCGGGAGCGCGGCAGCAGGCCAACCGGGGUUGGAGGGGGAAAGUCUCCUCUCUAAAGUCCUGCCAGGAAACCCUGCAGAGGCAGCAGGGAAACUAGGAGAAGCUAUCUCCGGUUUUGGCAAGAAGUUCACCUCGUUGUGGUGAGGUGUUAAGAUGAGGGUGCUUGUAAAUGUUAUGUAGGAUGUUGUGAGGCUUCGUACCAGAAAUACCUAGGAAGACCGUGAGAAAGAAAAAAAGAGGGAGCGAGGGAGAAAUACAGCAAUGAUAGAAGAAAUCUGAGCGCAAUGCCAAUGAAGACUGGAAUCAAUGGACACCUCGUGCCCCAGGCCUGAGCAAAAAGUUGGCAGAGAAACAUCGCUGCUUUCUCUGGCAGGCAAGACAAUCUUUUUGAGGCCCCAAGACUGCAAUGCCCCCAGCCAAAGAACCAGGCCCAGUAUACACCUUGCCCCAGGUACAGCCAAUGACCACAGUCAGCACUGAGGUCAAAAGCCCUGGGGAAACCUCCAGAGAAAGUCUAGCUGGACAGAGAGCCUGGUUUCCUCAGUCACACUGUCUGGGUUUUCACCACCAGGUUGGCACUGGUCAAACAGAUAUCCUUUGGAAAACAGCCUGUAUAAUAAGGAAUAAAAUGGGCUUUCUAUUAAGGAAUACUCUAUCCAGCAUCUCUGUAUGACGUUCCUGGGACAGCCUGGGACACCUCGUGACACCCCAAGAAGCAGCUGAAGAUGCUACCCCCUAGUCUGUGGGCUGUGUGCGCCUGGGGGCGUAACAUAUCCCAGGGGGCGUGGCCAUGGUGGCAUGCUAGAAUCCUUGGUUCCAAAAGCCUGUGCCCAGACAAACUCCUCUCACCUCCCAAAAAAAUAAAAGAACACUGAAGCGCUUCAUAGGUUUUUCUGGUACUAAAGACCUCCUGUUUCAUGUGGAUGCUGACAAACAAAUUUGAAACAAAAGACAUAAUAAUGAUGAAUUGGAUGGCAACUCCACUGUUGUCUCAGUUUUUAAUCUCUACAUUCCAAAAUGGAAGAAGGCCCUGUUUUUUGAAUGCAGAUGUUUGUGUUUAAAAAAAAAAAAAAAUAGCCCCUCUUGCAAUGUGUCUAAGAAGUGUUUAGUGGAUUUAGGAUUUGGAAUGCAUGAAACUUUAUAAACAAGACCUUACACUGUUCACCAUUUCAAUCACCGAGGCCAUAAGACACUGGAUAAUGAUGAUAAUUUAAAAAGCUCAGUAGGAUUUCUCAAAAAGAAGAAAAGUAGACAACACUGAAUCUGGCCACACAGGAUGGGAGGAUCAUCAUUCAGGAGGUUUUGGUUACACCAUGAAAGCUGAAUGUGGCCAGGUUUGUUUUUUAGCCAUUGCAAAGCCAUUAAUAAGAAAAAAACAACCCCAAAACAUUUGGGUUUCUUUCGUUUCUUAAUCUCUCCACAACGUUUGGGUAUCUGAUGUAAAUUUUUGUUGCACUGUAUUUGCCUAAUUUUCUGUUACAGGAUAGCGGAUUCGCCUUAAUCAUUCCAUGUUUUUUUUAAUUUAAAGCGAUAAAUCUUAUUUUUUUACAUUUUCUGUCCAUUAAGCAGAUUUUUCAUUGCAGUCUUUUUUAUGUAAUAAUAAUGACAGCUGGAUCACUGG